AUGUCUCGUCACUCUUUGAAAUCUUCGCUCGUUGUAUUCACUUUUGUUUUGUCCAUUUUAGCAAGCAGAGGCCCGGUCAAGCAUCCGAAACCUUAUCAUGAAGCGUCAAACUUCGGUAAGGUUGGACCGAUUGACUCUUCGGGUGCGUUGACACGGGAUGACUCUGAGCCCCUCAGACCCCGACAAGAAAAGGCCGCCGACGGACUGACUGCCAUCGACACCUUCUCAUACAAUGGCGAGGCAUGGACGGCUUACGAGGAUAUCGCACGCUUCGAUGGCCCCUUGGUUCUUGUCUCCGCCUCUGGGACGCGGCGGGAGAUCAGGCGAUACGUCGAGGCCACAAGCGUUGAAUCUCUGGAAUUGAACCGCACUGUUAGGCCCUUUUUCGAUCUUGACAGUGCAAACGAUGUCAACCUCAAGCAGAACGAUGUACUGGCAGAGCGCCUCCUCCAAGACGGCGAACCGAUCGAAGAGCACGUCCGGGAUGUCAUUAACAUGGCCUACGGGCCCUGGGACACCUUCCUCGGAAACGUUCAGGCGAACGACACCAUGACGCUCGAUUGGCAGGCCACGACGAAGAACUACAUGCCCUUGGUCGACGUACUGGAGGCGGCAGACGGGACGCAUUCCAACUAUACAUUUGACGGUCUCUUGGGCGGAUGGCUUCCCUCGUCACGCAAGAUCUUCCGGGGCGACGUAGACACCACGGACUGGAUUGAGGUCACUACGUUUGCGGAUGUGGAUUCUCCCGACCCUCAAAUCGUACACCUGUGGUUCUCCAUCAAAUGGAUCAAGGGAGGUGUCGUUCGAGCCAACAGGUUCGCCCUGGACUACAAGCAGUUCUUGCCCCUCAAGGCGCACCCCACGGCCGACGACUACUACCCGGCCCUGAUUCGCUUCGCAGACUACUGGGACUCUCAUCUGCAAGAUGUCGCCACUCUGGAGGUGCCGGACAAGAGCUGGUCGGACAUGAACAAGCACGCCUUCGCAACAGAGCUCGUGCAGCGCGCAGGGGGUGUGUCGCCGAGAUACGGCGCCUUCGACCGCGACUACGCCGGCUCCGAGUACGACGGGUUCCAAGACAUCAUGACCACCUCCCUCACGGCCAACCUCGCCUGGGGCCGUUUCCCACAAGCCAAGGCGAUUCUCGAAAACUACAUGGACUGGUACGUCAACGACAACGGUGCCAUCAAGAUGCGCGGGCCCGCCGUGCCCCAGUUCGGGAUGUCGCUCUCCUUGAUCGCGCGGUACGUGCAGUACACCGGCGACGUCGGGUUCACGGAGAAGUACAAGACGAAGAUUCUCGCGUGGGCGAACAUGCUCACCGAGCGCCAGGACGAGAACCUGAAGUUCCCGGAGGACCACCCGUACUACGGCCUCAUCUCGGGCUGGAGCGAGUCGGAUGCCGCGCUCCGAUGGGACUCGUGGCGAUGGGAGAAGCCGUACUGGAACAACGGCGCCUUCGCGGCGCGUGGCCUCAAGGACCUCAGCAAGAUCGCGACUUUCGAGCAGUAUGCCCAGGACUGGCAGACGCGGGCCGCACAGCUCAUCAACCAGACGUCCCAUACUUUGGACGCCGUCAUUCAGCGCAACCUGACGACUCCGUACGUUCCGCUGUUGCCCAACGAGACGACUCAUGUCCUCGAGGACCUGGCGGAGCAGGGCGACGCCUCGUCGCAGUGGUGGCCUCAUCGUGUCUAUACCGAGCUCCUUCAGGCCUCCGUUCUCUCCCCGAACUUGACCGAUUUGGUGAUCAACUCCAUGCAGGCCUACGGGAUCACCAGUCUCGGCGUCGUCGCCAACGUCACGCCGCUGCGGGCCGACACGCGCGACAUCCUCGGCUUCAUCUCGUACGGCUACGCGUUGUCGCUGCUUCUACAAGACCGCCUUGACGAGUUCGUGCUGUUCCUCUACUCCCACCGAUAUCAUGUCCACAACCGCGGCCUCUGGAUUGCCGCAGAGGUGUCUGGGACCGGAGGAGGCUCCAGCACGUUCUGCCAGCCGUCGCAGUUUGCAGUGCCGAUCUUGCUGAGGGCCGCGCUGCUGCUGGAUCAUCCCGACGAGGAGGUACUGUUCGUCGGACGGGGAGUGCCGAGGAGGUGGCUCAGUAAGGGCAGAGUCGCGAUCCAGAAGGCACCGACGAAAUGGGGACUCGUCGACCUCGACAUGCAGUUGGACGAAAAAGCCGGCUCGGUCACGACGGUCUUGGGCUUCGAGAGGGGCCCGCCGGCGGAGGUCAGGGUCAAGCUGAGGGUGCCCGAAGGCCGAGAACUGAAGGCCGUGACGGUUGAUGGCAAGGCAGCGGAGUGGCAGGGAGAGGAAGUCAUUUUGCGCUUAGGAGCCUCAACGAAGAACGUCACUGUCGUAGGGACUUUCUAG